AUGAGAACGAGCGCCUGGCUAGGAGAAGAAGAGAUGAGCUAUGCUCGAGAGCAGAAUCGCGGUCAAUCCACCAAAACCCCCCCCCCCCGUCUCAGCAAGCAGAGCUCUGCCAUCGCACUCGAAAGCCCUCGUUUUUUCAUUUCAUCCGCCAUGGCAGGCAUCUUCGAGGCUCCGCGGAACGCGGACACUCUCUUCUUGGGCGGACAGAAAAUCACCGGUGCCGAUGUCCGGGAGCAGAAUGUUCUCGCGACCCAGGCUAUCUCAAAUGUCAUCAAGAGCUCUUUCGGUCCCUCGGGUCUGGACAAGAUGAUGGUGGAUGACAUAGGGGAUGUGACCGUGACAAACGAUGGCGCCACUAUUCUGUCGCUGCUUGAUAUCGAACACCCGGCGGGUAAGAUCCUGGUGGACCUGGCCCAGCAGCAGGAUAAGGAGGUCGGCGAUGGCACAACCUCGGUGGUCCUGAUUGCUUCGGAACUUCUGCGCAGAGCAAACGAGCUGAUGAAGAACCGGAUACACCCUACGACUAUCAUCAACGGAUACCGCCUGGCGCUGCGGGAAGCUGUCAAGUACAUGAACGAGAACGUGACAACGAAGGUGGAUAGCUUGGGCAAGGACAGCCUGGUGAACAUUGCAAAGACCUCGAUGUCUAGCAAGAUCAUUGGUUCCGACUCGGAUUUCUUUGCCAACCUGUGUGUGGAUGCCAUGCUUCAGGUGAAGUCAACAAACCAGAGGGGAGAGACCAAGUACCCGGUCAAGGCUGUGAACCUGCUGAAGGCUCACGGUAAGAGCGGUACUGAGUCUGUUCUUGUUCACGGCUACGCUCUGAACUGCACUGUUGCUUCCCAGGCCAUGAAGACCCGCAUCACCGAUGCCAAGAUCGCCUGUCUGGACAUGAACCUGCAAAAGGAGCGAAUGAAGCUUGGUGUGCAGAUCACAGUGGAUGAUCCCGACCAACUGGAGAAGAUCCGCGAGCGGGAGGCCGGUAUUGUUUUGGAGCGCGUUGAGAUGAUUUUGAAGUCUGGCGCCAACGUUAUCCUGACGACCAAGGGUAUCGAUGAUAUGGUUCUGAAGACUUUCGUCGAGAAGGGCGCCAUGGCUGUUCGCCGUUGCAAGAAGGAGGAUCUCCGCCGCAUCGCCAAGGCUUCCGGUGCUACUCUGGUCAGCACUCUGUCCGACUUGAACGGAGACGAGAAGUUCGAGGCCUCAAACCUCGGCCACGCCGAGGAGGUGGUCCAGGAGCGUAUCUCAGACGACGAGUGCAUUCUGGUUAAGGGUACCAAGGUCCACACCUCUGCCUCUAUCAUCCUCCGUGGUGCAAACGAGUUCAGCUUGGACGAGAUGGAGCGCUCUGUUCAUGACUCUCUGUGCGCCAUCAAGCGUACCCUUGAGAGCGGUAGCAUUGUUCCUGGUGGUGGUGCCGUUGAGACUGCCCUCCACAUCUACCUGGAGGAAUUUGCCGUCACAGUGGGCUCUCGUGAGCAACUUGCCAUCGGCGAAUUCGCUCAGUCGCUGCUUGUCAUUCCCAAGACUCUUGCCGUCAACGCGGCCAAGGACUCAUCCGAGCUGGUCGCUCAACUCCGUGUCCGCCACGCCCUGUCACAGCGUGUGCAGGAUGGCGAUGCCAAUGAGGAGGAGAAGGCCAUUGCCAAGAAGAAGACCUACCGUAACUACGGUCUGGAUCUGAUGAAGGGACGUGUUCACGACACUUUGAAGGCUGGUGUUCUUGAGCCCAGCAUGAGCAAGAUCAAGCAGCUGAAGAGUGCUGUUGAGGCUUGCAUUGCUAUCAUGCGUAUUGACACUAUGAUCAAGCUGGACCCCGAGCAGAAGCAGGAUGACGGCCACGGCCAUUAA